CAAAUUGGGCUCGCAGCGACGUGUCGUCGCGUCGAUAUGUCCGUGAUCGUGAAUUUACAAAUUCCUCAGCUCUCACUACGGGGCACGUGUCAGACUUUGACAACGCGCCGCUACCAACCACUGUCAUCAGAAAAGUGCGGCAAAUAGCUCCCCAAUUCCAUGAAUCGUCGAGCGCGAAGGACCCGUCUGCCAGCUAGAAAUUCGCCGAACCGUUAUCCUUUUCCGAUUGGCGACGCUCAAGAUCUUCUAGAUGAGGCCGUCAGAAAUCCAAUCAAUGCUCAUCGAAUGUUAUCUCUGGUCGAUCUCCAGUUCGGUAAAACCCCGGUUCCCGAUGGCUUUGACCCCUGGACCCAUACCCCGGCUGUCCACGUCAUCGACGCUUGCAUGCGCGGUAUUGCUAGAAUUAUCUCAGAAAGUCCAUCUUUUCGGACCGAUCAGCAACUUCGUAAGAGAGUCACGACAUUUUGGCCGCGACUUAUCCCAUGGAGCAUGUACUUCCUUGACAGUAUCAUACUGGAGCACGCCGAUAUCAUGGUAUCAAAUCAUGAACUCUCAAAGUACAUCGACAGCGCUGCAUGCAACUGCGUGCGAUUUCUCCUCCGGGCUCUCGAGCUCGACGAGAUAAAGAAGUCACUCGCCCAAGUGGCCCCACACUUGUUGUCCAGUUUAACGAAGGCGUGGAUCGUGACGGUCGAGAAUGGUAUCCAGGUCGCCAGCCUUCUCACUCAGGCGGCCAAAAAAUGGAUGGAUUCUGAAGACCAUGACACGUUCGGAGAUGUAACUCACACGUUCAUCGCUUUCCCAAAGUCCCGUCUAAUGGGUUGUCUGACCCGCAUCAUAUCUUGUGUUCAGGACCGUCAAACGCCUGUACCUUGGAUGUUGUUGACAUACAAUCUCAUGUUUAUCCAAUUCAUUGGCGAGGGUCGUGAUCUUCGCCUCGAAUAUCUAUUGAUGAAGUCCAUACCUUGGGUCUGCAGACUCAUCACGUAUUCCCGCCACCAUCUUGACAAACACCCCGAAGAAAUGCAUUUCGCAACUAAGCCUCUAAUCCUUUCCUUCGGCUAUUUAGCUGGGGUGCUGGUCGAUGGGCCGGAGUGGAUCACUCAAGCCCUGGAUAACCGGCUCUUAGUGUCGCUUGCAUGGUUCACUGGCAGAAGCCAUACGUUCCACUAUCCCCGAGAACUCGACCAGGCCAUCUGCUCACUCCUACACCUUUUCACCGUUAACACGGUUUGGCGGUCUGUGCUACGACCCAUGUUUCGGUCGAUGAGACACGCGGAUUUAUCCUUCUUGGAACACCGAAGCGAAGUAUCGAACGAGAUUCUUGAGCAGUGGGAUAACUUGGAAGAGGCGUUUGAGGAAAGAUGGAAGGAACGGUGUUCGUACAAAGAUGAAGUGGGCGACUAUUGCAUGAAUACGCUCCACUGCCCUGGCAUCGAAAUUGACUUGUUCAGAUGUCCUGCCUGCAGUGGUAAUUUUUGUUCGAGGUCUUGUCAGAAAGACCCGAAAGAUACCACCCACCAGACAAUCUGCAAGACCCAAAGAAAUCGCAAAAAGAGAGGUUAUCCCGAGAUUGCCGUUGCAAGAGACUGCGAAUUUCUCUGCUGGGUGGUUCAACAGUACCUGUUCGACGAGGAAAAGUACAUUGACGACAUUUUGGAAGAAUAUCUCGAAGAGCAUAAGGAUGAGUCUGUUGGGGUCGUGUCCGUGGAUUUUACGCGUUUUCCCCCCGAGGUCACCGUCGGCUCGUUCGAUGAUUACAAAUCCCGAGCAGGCGAUAGAGAAGAGGAAUGGAGGGCCGAGCUAGAGAAGGCGAAGCAAAGGAUCCCUGUUAGAACUGGCACUGAGGGCGGUAAACUCGUCCUGACGUCCAUCCUUCACGGUAAAGAGCCCUUAUACCACUUUCAAUGGCUAGAGGAUUUCUCCGACCUAGAAAUCGACGUAUUUACCAUUUUUACCUUGCUUUCAUAGACAUGGUGUGCAUAUAGAUUGACUGUCCCACUUUGGGGUACUAUCCAUUUGCGAAGUUUCAAAUUCUCGGGUUCACGUCCAGUAUCAAGACAUACUAAAAAG